AUGACUACUGUGGCUCUAUUGAAGAUUCAUACUUUUUUUGACUUGGUGAACAAGGCUAGAGUAGGGGAAGAGUAUGCCAAGACCGUGGCGGCAUCUAAGGACACUCAUGGAGGGAGCUCUAGCCAGGGGCGUGGUGGUUGCUUCAAUUGUGGGUUUCCUGGCCACAUUGCAAGGGAUUGCCCUCGUGGGAGGAAUCAAAAUGCAGGCCAGAGUCAGCAUCAAGGUCGAAUCUUUGCUGUGAAUGCCAAGGAUGCUUCCAAGGCGGAUCCGUUGAUGAGAGGUAUAUGUCUAAUUGGUGAUAAAUCCUUAGUUGUAUUAUAUGAUACUGGAGCUUCGCAUUCGUUUAUUUCGUUUGCUAAAGUUAGGGAAUUAGGCUUGAAAGUGUCAGAGUUACCUUUUGAUCUGCAUGUACAUACUCCGCAUCAAACAAUUAUGACUAGGUCAGGUUGUAGACAAGUAGGUUUCAAGCUUGAGGGUAGAGAUUUUAUGCAUGAUUUGAUCAGUUUACCAAUGGUGGGGCUAGAGACGAUUUUGGGAUUUGACUGGUUGUCGAGGAAUCGGGUUUUGCUGGAUUGCUUUGAAUGGAUAAUUCAGUUUAUGCCAGAAGGAGAGAAUGGGGCAGUGUGUUAUAUUCUGUUGGCUGCUAAUGCGUUGGGUGAUGCCCAGAACUUAGAUCAGAUUUUGGUGGUUAGAGAUUUUCCAAAAGUGUUCCCAGAAGAUAUCCCUGAGUUCCCACCUCAAAAGGAAAUUCAAUUUGCAAUUGAAUUGGUGCUAGGAGCUGGACCAGUGUCGAUUGUGCCGUAUAGAAUGGAUCUAAUAAAGCUGGCAGAGUUAAAGACUCAGUUGGAAGAGCUUUUGAAUAAGAAGUUCAUUUGA